AUGGAAAACCCUAGGCGGCUAACAUCAGAAGUUCCUCCAGGAACUGCACAACCAUCGGGUGACAUUCCACCGAGGUCCGUCGUCGCUCCCGACUGCCUCUCCUGCCGCCGCGCUUUCAGCCUCGUUCGAUCCGGCAGACGACAGCACCCGUGCGGCCGGUGCGGCAAAGCCUUCGCCACCCCCAGCGGCCUCAAGCAGCACGCCCACAUCCACAGCAGCGUGAAGCCCUUCCGGUGCAACCUGUGCAGGAAGGCCUACACGCAGUUCUCCAACCUGUGCAGGCACAAGCGCAGCCACUCCGUGCCGCGAAAGACGAGCGACUUCUGGCCCCAGUUCGGAAAAUGGGUCGUCGGAAAAGCGGAACCUACGUUAUCCGUGCUAAGUAUCAGCGACAUCAGAAUUCAAACAUCGACGGACGAUACUGGUGAGGAAACAAAACAGUCUGCCAGCAGUUGUUUUGCGUUACGAAGGUUGUUCGCUGCAAAUUCGGAACAACAAAUAAGUCAGGAUAGCUCCACCACUCCAAAGUCCGUUGACAAAGACAACUUACAAAAGUUAUUCGCUCCUAAUUCGGAACACCAAAUAAAUCAGGAUAGCUCCACCACUCCAAAGUUCAUUGACAAAGACAACUUACGAAAGUUAUUCACUCCUAAUUCGGAACACCAAAUAAAUCAGGAUAGCUCCACCACUCCAAAGUUCAUUGACAAAGACAACUUACGAAAGUUAUUCACUCUUAAUUCAGAACACCAAAUAAAUCAGGAUAGCUCCACCACUCCAAAGUCCAUUGACAAAGACAACUUACGGAAGUUAUUCGCUCCUAAUUCGGAACACCAAACAGCGGAUAUUUCUACCAAUACGAAGUUCGUCGUAAAAGACAUCGACGAUCGUUCACCAAAUGCCGAAACGUGCAAGUACUGUGCCAAAAAUGCUUCGCUAGAAGUGUCUGCAUUGAAUCCAAACGUAGCAUACAAUGUGACCGACGGGUCGCCACGACUCUUCAAUUUAACACAAGCAUACGUGACACCAGACAUGUUUCAUUACCAACGCCAAAUGUCGCCAAAGAUCGGCUCCGUCUGUCCGGAAGCCCUCUCGCUGAACGAUCUCUGCUACUACAACAGGCUCAUCGAGAGCCACUGCUUCGGAAGACCGGAAGUGGCGAGACAGUGGAAGCCGGAAGAACCGGAGAAACGCUCGUUUCGCCCUCUGGUGCCGGCGUAUCGCGAGAGCGACGAACCCCUCGACCUGAGCGUUCGAAACAGCGCCCACCAUUCGAUGCUGGACAAGAAGUAUCCGGAUCCCUCGCAGAUGAGUCCCCUCUCAUUGCAGUGGCAGAGGACACUCCACCCGAUGCUCCUGGACACUCUGUACCAGGAAAACGUGGCGUUGAACCUCUUCGGUGGCGAGUUCCUCCCCUUCCACGUCCCCCAAGAAAGCAAGGUCCAGGCCCAGCCGACGUACGCCGACCACCUGAGGAAGAAGCGGGAGAAGUACUCGUGCAAGUUCUGCGGCAAGAUUUUCCCGCGCUCGGCCAACCUGACGCGCCACCUGCGCACGCACACGGGCGAGCAGCCGUACAGGUGCAAGUACUGCGAUCGGUCCUUCAGCAUCUCCUCCAACUUGCAGAGACACGUUCGGAACAUCCACAACAAGGAGAAGCCCUUCAGGUGUCCUCUGUGCGACAGGUGCUUCGGCCAACAGACCAACCUGGACAGACACCUCAAGAAGCACGAGUCGGAAGAGUCGGACAAGCGUCUCCAACAUUACCCCACUUCCGAUCGGUGCAACGACUAUUCGAUGAAGGAGGGUCUGAGGCCACUCUAUUAG